AUGUCUCCGUGUAUUGAAGAAGCAAACAAAAAGACCGUCGGCAUCAUUGGUUGUGGGGCAUCUGGUUUGGCGGCUUUGAAAAAUUUUGCAGCUGACGAUUCGCUGUUCAAAUGCGUGGCGUUUGAACAGACGGCCAGCAUUGGAGGUACAUGGGUGUACACAGACGAUGUCGACCGAGACCAAUACGGCUUACCAGUUCAUUCCAGCAUGUACAAAAGCCUGAGGUCAAACUUGCCAAAAGAAAUUAUGGAGCUAAGUGGAUUUCCACAUACAGGUGUUGGGGAUGCUUGCUACUUUCCAGCUGCAUACAUACAGAAAUAUCUGAAUGAUUUUACUGAUCAUUUUAAUUUAAGACCACAUAUUAAGUUUCAUCAUCAUGUAGAAAAAGUAAGACCUAUCAAUAAUAGUCAAUGGGAAUUAAAUGUUAUAAAUUUACAACAACAAACUAAAGAAACUUUCAUCUUUGAUGCAUUGGUGAUAUGUGUUGGUAAUUAUAGCAAUCCCGCUAUUCCAGAUGUUAAGGGUUCCAACAUAUUCGGUGGGAAAAUCAUGCAUAGUCAUAGCUAUAGAGAUGCAGAUUCAUUUAAAGGAAACUCGGUGUUGGUCAUAGGCUGUGGUGCAUCUGGCCUAGAUAUAUCGUUUGGCGCAUCAAAAGUAGCAGACAAGGUUUUCUUGAGUCAUCAUAAUCCUCGACUAUUGAAUUUGAAAAUUCCAUCUAAUUAUUUCCAUAAAACCGAUGUUAAAGAAAUUGUUGAAGAUGGUGUUAUUUUUCAAGAUGGCUCUUAUGAAAAAAUUGACACUAUAGUAUACUGUACAGGAUAUACCUAUAAAUAUCCAUUUUUAAGUAGCGAAUGUGGAAUAAAAGUCGAAGACAAUGUCAUUAAAAAUCUAUUUAAACAUAUGAUUAAUAUUGAAUAUCCAACAAUGGGUUUUAUUGGUGUACCUAGGAACACUACAGGAUUUUACUUAUUUGAUCUUCAGUCCAGGAUUUUUAAAAAGAUCUUAGAAGGUAAUGUGAAAAUGCCUAAUAAAGAAGAAAUGCUUCAAGAUACUUGUAAAGAAAUUGAGGCUCGAUUGGCUGGUGGUCAGAGAUUAAAGGAUCUUCAUGCUUUGGGUAAAACUAAGUGGGCCAUGGAGUAUUACACUUCAGUUUCAAAAUUUGCCGAUGUAGAACACCCUCCACCAGUGUUAUUACAAAUAUAUUUUGAUGGUAUUGGAAGGCUUUCAGAAGAUUUUUUGAACUUCCGAGGUGAUAAAUAUCAAAUUAUUGAUAGAGAACAUUAUAAGGUACAAUAUUUUGACCAAAAUGAAUCAAUUAUUAAAAAACAAAUUUUGUAUUCUUUUUAA